AGCUUGGAAUAUCCUCAUCCUUUGAAUUCGCUUGUGGAGAGGGAGAGAGAGAGAGAGAGAGGACGGAGAAGAGAUGGCUCAGAUUGGGGUUUUUUCAGUAAUCAGUCCCAUAGAAUCUGCUAAAUACCGAAAAGGUAAUCUUCUCUCUCCUCCCCACCGUUCAUAUUUUGCCCUUCGUUCUCAUUCCAACACUAUAAACACUAGAAGUUCUACUCCUUCUGCGACCCUCAUCAGCCCAGCACGAAAGCAAGAUGAUGUUCCAACCAUUUUAGAAAUCAAUAAGGCGUUAGCCAAUACUACGAAGUCGGGUAAGUACAGCACGGCUCUUUCUCAUUUCAACGAGUUGCAGUUACACGACAUUGAGCUAAAUUUGUACACCUUCAACAUUGCAAUUAACUGCUAUUGUUGCGUUAAUCGAGUUGGAUUUGGGUUCUCUCUUUUAGGCAGCAUCUUGAAACGCGGUUAUACGCCAGAUGUAGUUACCUUCAACACUCUGUUGAAUGGGCUUAUCCCACAAGAUAAUGCUGAUGAGGCUCUUUCUCUUUUCAACAAGUUGUUGUUACAAGACAUUGAGCUAAAUUUGUAUACCUUCAACAUUGCUAUUAACUGCUACUGUCGCGUGAAUCGAGUUGGCUUUGGGUUCUCUCUUUUAGGCAGUGUCUUCAAACGCGGUUAUACGCCUGAUGUAGUUACCUUCAACACUCUGUUGCAUGCACUUAUCCCACAAGAUAAAGCUGAAGAGGCUCUUUCUCUUUUCAACAAGUUGUUGUUACAAGACAUUGAGCUAGAUUUGUAUACCUUCAGCAUUGCUAUUAACUGCUACUCUUGCGUGAAUCGAGUUGGCUUUGGGUUCUCUCUUUUAGGCAGCAUCUUCAAACGCGGGUAUACACCUAAUGUAAUUAUCUUCAACACCCUGUUAGAUGGACUUAUCGCACAGGAUAAAGCUGAUGAGGCUCUUUCUCUUUUCAAUAAGUUGUUGUUACAAGACAUUGAGCUAGAUUUGUAUACCUUCAGCAUUGCUAUUAACUGCUACUCUCGUGUGAAUCGAGUUGGCUUUGUGUUCUCUCUUUUAGGCAGCAUCUUCAAAUGCGGGUAUACACCUAAUGUAGUUAUCUUCAACACCCUGUUAGAUGGACUUAUUGUACAGGAUAAAGCUGAUGAGGCUCUUUCUCUUUUCAACAAGUUGUUGUUACAAGACAUUGAGAUCGAUUUGUAUACCUUCAACAUUGCUAUUAACUGCUACUGUCACGUGAAUCAAGUUGGCUUUGGGUUCUCUCUUUUAGGCAGCAUCUUCAAACGCGGUUAUACGCCUGAUGUAGUUACCUUCAACACUCUGUUGAAUGCACUUAUCCCACAAGAUAAAGCUGAUGAGGCUCUUUCUCUUUUCAACAAGUUGUUGUUACAAGACAUUGAGCUAGAUUUGUAUACCUUCAGCAUUGCUAUUAACUGCUACUCUCGCGUGAAUCGAGUUGGCUUUGGGUUAUCCCUUUUGGGCAGCAUCUUCAAAAGCGGUUAUACGCCUAAUGUAGUUACCUUCAGCACUCUGUUAAAUGGAUUUAUUGCACAAGAUAAAGCUGCUGAGGCUCUUUCUCAUUUUGAGAAGUUGCAGUUACAAGACAUUGAGCUAAAUUUUGUACACCUUCAACAUUGCAAUUAACUGCUAUUAAUGUUUGAGAUUCCCCUAUGGAACGAUGCUGUCGGACGACUUGUUGUGGAUUGUUCAACAUACUGAUCUAUUGUUCAAAUGGCUGCUUCUACUUUUUUUUCGUGAUACGACAUCCUACUGCUUUGAUUAUGUAUAAGCGACCAUUGUUACGGACCGUCUCAGCCAUGUAUCUCAGUUUUAUUCGGGGGGAAGCAAGUACAAAAAUGAAGGGUGAAUGGUGGCGUACAAAUUUGUCAGAUUCGAACCGACGAAUUGAGUUUUUGCGAACCCCUGCCUUGGCCACUUGGUUGCGGUUCCCUAUCAAUUCCUUGUCUUUCCCCUUCUCUGACUUCGCUUCAUAGGGUGCAACCCGGAAUAAACGAUGCUGGAAUGCUUUGGGAGGAAGCAUAACAUAGGGGACAUAGAUUAUGAUAAAUACUUUGUAAAACUUGAGAAUCCAAGAGUUCUCCCUACCCAAACCCUUUCCGGGGUGACAAUAUAAAGAUGCAUCCAGAGAUUUGUUGAUGCUCCACGACCCAGAAAGUAUGGUAUCUGUCAACAGAUUCAGCUGCCGUUGGUAUAAAAAAUGCAGGUUCUAACCAUCAAAUUGGAAAACUAUGCCAGGUUAUGAUCUUAUUCUGUAGUGCUUGAUGGAGAUUCUUUUCUUCUUCUUUUUAAAGGGAGAAUUGCUGGAAUCUCUGAAAUUUUUGGUCAGGAUCUUCUGUAGUAGAUGAACUGUUUACUAGGGUGGCAUAAAUUGGUUGUUUUCAUUUUGUU